AUGCAUCAAGAAAACUCGCUCUCUUUCCCGCGUUCGCUCGCGCACGUUUACCGCUACACUCUCCUUUUUCGCUUGAAUUUGCCUCACACUAAAAAUUCAAAAAACACCAACCUCUCGAACAUCAUGCUCCGAGAAAUCAACCACGAGCUGGUGAACGCCUCGUCGAUGGACUCGAACGCGUAUUACACCAAACGAAGCGCGUCCUCUCGCGUGAAAUCGCCGGCGUCGUGUCCGGUGACCAUUGCCGCGCCGCAAAAGUUUGAGAAGACGAAGAAAAAAAGUUUUGUCGUUUCCAAUUCUGAAGCCGAUGGGGGCAAAAGAGACGAAGAUGAAUUGGAGUUAAACGGCGCUUCGAUGGUGCCGAAACUGCAUGCGUUCGCCAGAAAAGUGGUUAAAGUCGUCUCAUCGUUCGCGAAGAAUGGCAGAUAUACCGCAGACGAGGAAGAGACGGAGGAGGAUUUGGUCAAUCCUUCGCCUUUGUCUUGGCAUAAAAACUGUAAAACGACGUUUGGCAUCGCGAGCAACAGUGAAAGAGGGACGAAAAUUUCAGUGUUUGAUCGAAGGCGGAGCGUACUGGAGAUUUUAGAGCAAAUGUCGUCGUCGGUUGGUACCGUUCCUUCGGCGCCGUUUUCUCCGUCGGCGUCGAAAGUGACCAAGAAAAGAGGCGCUGCUGCGCCCGUGAGUUUACUUUCCUCGCCGUGUUCGACGCCGGCAGUGGCGAACGAGACGACGGUGGCGAUGGCGUUUCGGCCGGAUCAUCCGAACGAGAUCGCGGUGACUACGAAGGAGAGCGGUGGGGUGAGAUUAUUUUCGAAGGUUCUCUCAUCCUUUGCGUCUAAUAAUAAUAAUAAUAGUAGUAGCGCUAGUGAUGUAACGACGUGGAAGAUUGAAAGAUUGCCAAAGGACGAGACGGAGACGCUGUUGGAUUCGGCGGUGUCGGACGUGAUAGGCGUGCGCGUUCUCGAUAAACUCGCGUGGUCGCCAGAUGGGUCUUUGUUAGCGACGGCGAGUUCAAGGGGGGCUACCAUUCGUAUUUGGGACGUGAACGCGAAGAAGAGUACGGCUAUGUCCUCCGGGAACAUGAGCGGUUUGUCCUCGGUUAUUCGAUCGAUUAAGCGAAGAAAGACGUUUCGAGUGCCAAAAUCGAAGAGUGAAAUUAUGAAAGCGUUCUCCUCGAUUGAUUCGUUCAAGGAAACGCUCGUGCCGAUUGAAAUCGAUACAAAACGGAAUGGAAUCAUCUCGUUGGCGUUUAGUGGGUCUGGUCGACACCUCGCGUCGGUUUCGAAAGAUGGCGCCUUGACAAUUUGGACGAAGAAAUCGGGCGUUUGGUCGGAGAAUGGAUUCUCGUCGACUGGGAAAGUGACCGCGUUUGCGUGGGGGCCGUCUCCGAAAGCGGCGGCGAGGCGUGGAAACAAGAGAGUUCGAGAGUACGACGAACACGAAAUUGGCUUGUGCUGCGUCGAAACCGCGAUAGGAGGUGUUACUUUAAAAAGCACGGACAAGAGACACAUCUCGUGCGCGGCUUUACAAGUCGCUCCAGACGGGGCGACACGAGCGGCGCUGCCCAUCACCUUUCCAAAAAUCCCAGGUGAAGGUGAUUCUUCCGAAGCGGCGGCGAUUACGUCGUGCGCGUGGGAUGAUACGGCGUCGCGAUUGGUGUUUGGACACGCGGAUGGGAAAGUUCGAGUGUACGCGACCAUCGUUCACCCGGUGUUGACGGUAAGAGCUAUCGGGGAAAUCAAUAGGAGCGAAAGCUAUCGCCGCUUCUAUGCAAUUCUCGUCCGGUGA